AUGGCUAUUAGUGACCAAUGGGCUUCUUAUAGGGAGGAUGACGUUGGAAAAGCUCAAAAGGUGAAAGAUAUGAUUCUAAGUGAUCUUUGGUGGGAUAAUAUUGAUUAUAUCCUUGAAUUCAUAGCACCCAUUUAUGAUAUGCUACGAAUAGCUGACACAGAUAAGCCUUGUCUUCAUCUUGUGUAUAAGAUGUGGGAUUCCAUGAUAGAGAAGCUCAUUUUGGGUGUGGUGUAUGAUAUACUCAUUGAUCGGUGGACUAAAAAUUCUACACCACUACAUUGCUUGGCUCAUUCCUUAAAUCCUAAGUAUUACUCUAUUGAAUGGAUUUCGGAGAAUCCAAAACGCAUCCCUCCACAUAGGGAUCAUGAAAUUUCUAUGGAAAGAAGCAAGUGUUUGGAGCAAUACUUUGAAGAUGAGAAUGACUUAACGGUGGUGAAGUAUGAGUUUGCUAAAUUUUCAGGAGGGAGGUUUCCUUCACCAAGUGCCUUGACGGAUAGGUGGACCUUACUACCUUUGGUUUGGUGGCAAUACCAUGGCUUCGCAUUUCCAACUCUUCAAACCCUUACCCUUAAACUUCUUAGACAACCUUGCUCAUCCUCAUGUGCUGAGAGAAAUUGGAGCACGUACAAAUUCAUUCAUUCCUUAAAAAGAAACAAAAUGGCUCCUGCACGCGUUGAGGAUUUGGUAUAUGUGCAUUCUAAUCUUCGACUCUUGUCAAGGCGCAAUGAAGAGUACAUACAUACCGCAACAAAGAUGUGGGAUAUUGCAGGAGACUCUUGGAAUGAGAGCGACAUGCAUGGAGGAGCUGGAAUUCUUAAGAAUGCAGCUCUUACACUUGAUGAGCCAGAGUUGGAGGCUAUAGUUAUUGGGAAUGUUAACACUAGUGCUAUUACUAGUGAAAGUGAAGUUCGAAGUGAAGCUAUUGAUCUUGAGGAUGAUGAUAUUUGUGUUUGAUUGUCUUGUUGAUUAUCUUUUAUUUUGCUUUAGUUUCAAACUUAUGAGUUGUAUUCUAAUUUCCAAACAUCAUGGAAUGUUUUAGUUUCAAUCUUGUGGAUUAUAUUUAAAUUAUGAACAUUAUGUUUUAGUUGUUAUCUA